AUGUCCGGAAAGGCCUCUCUCCUGUCCAAGAACCCCGACGAUGUCGUGAUCCUCGCCGCCAAGCGCACACCCAUGUGCAGGGCGACCAAGGGUGCGCUCAAGGACGCCCGGUUUGAAGACAUGCUCGUCGGCGCCCUCAAGGGUGCCGUCUCGGCUGCCCGCAUCGACCCCAAGCUCGUCGAGGACAUCCAGAUCGGCACGGUCCGUACUCCUCGUGGAGGUGCAUCUAUUUCACGCAUGGCCGCUCUUGCUGCUGGCUUCCCCAUCGAGACGUCAGUGUCGACCGUCAACCGUCAAUGCUCGUCGUCUCUUCAGGCGAUUUGGACUAUUACCAACGAGAUCCGGGCUGGCGACAUUGACAUUGGCAUUGCUGGUGGAUGCGAGAGCAUGACUCACCACUAUGCACGCACACCACUUGACCACCCUACAUCAGAGGCUGUGCGCAAGCACCCGCUCGCAGCCGACUGCCUCAUCCCAAUGGGUAUUACCAACGAGAAUGUUGUGGAAGACUAUGCACUUUCGCGCCAGGAGCAGGACGAGUUCGCUGCCCGCUCGCACCAGAAGGCAGAGGCGGCGCAGAAGGCCGGGCGCUUCGAUGGCGAGAUUGUCCCCGUCACCAUUGGCGACAAGACUGUCACUCGUGAUGACACUCCUCGGUACGGCGUCACUGCCGAGUCGCUCAAGGGCCUCAAACCCGCGUUCAAGGCCGACGGAACAACGCACGCCGGCAACUCGUCGCAGCUGACUGACGGUGCUGCUGCCGUCGUCCUCGCCCGCCGCAGUGUUGCGGAGAACCUCGGUCUCCCAAUCAUCGGCAAGGUCGGAUGUGUCGUGACUGCCGGUGUUCCUCCUCGUAUUAUGGGUGUUGGACCCGCGGUGGCGAUUCCCAAGGCGCUCAGGAAGGUCGGUCUGCAGCUCUCCGACGUCGACAUCUUCGAGAUCAACGAGGCGUUCGCUGGUCAGGCUCUCUACUGCGCCAAGGACCUCGGCCUUGACCAGAGCAAGCUCAACCCAAACGGUGGUGCUAUUGCCAUUGGACACCCCCUCGGCGCAACUGGCGCGCGCCAGGUCGCGACCGGCCUGAACGAGGCCAAACGCACGGGCGCCAAGGUCGUCGUCACCUCAAUGUGUGCCGGUACCGGCUUCGGUGUCGCGGGUGUGUUUGUCAACGAGCAGGGAAGUGCCAAGCUCUGA